UAUUAUCAUUAUAAAUUGUAUUUAAACAUUUAAAACAUGACAACAUGCACCAACAUUUUUUUGAAAAAUUAUAAAAUUAUGACAAUUAUGAAAAAUACCUUUGUCCUAAAAUCUACCCUCAUUACACUUUCCUGAAAGUGCAGUGUGGUUUCAAAAAAAUUAUAUUCAGUUGUUUAACUAAAUGGUAUUGAAAAUUUAAAAAGAGUGGCAGCUGCAUUAGCAAAGUAGAUAUACAGCCUAUAUUUGAAUCCCAAAAGUGAGCAUUGACUAACUGCCAGUUGGUCACACUUAAGACAGUUUAUGCAACUGGCCACUGAUAAUAGUAAUUUUGAACCAGCACAAACUACUGCUAUAGAAACAAGCAUUUGUGUAAAUUAUUAUUAUUAUUAUUUUUUUACUCAAAACCUUACAUUUCCACACUCUAUUUAACCAUUCAGAGCACCGCAUCAAAGGGAUCACCGCUGUCUGUGCUGCGUAAAAGCGCACGCCAUCCAAUCCAUUGACACUUGGCUCUAUAAAAACGCAGCGAGCUGUCAGUGCGCGUGAAGAUAAGCACAGACAACAGAAUUGUCCGAUAAACAUUAUUAAAAUUAGGUUAAAUAACCCCUCAUAUUUCGAUUUAUUUACAUCGAUUUAAGAUCCCCAUGGUCUUAAAUAUCACCGUUGCAAUGCGCGCGCAAAGACGUUGUCCACGGAACACUAUGAUGACAAUGUCAGAGAGUGGAGACAGGAGAAGUUGGAAUGGUAAGAUUCAGGAAUGAGUAACUCGAACCAGAUGGAAGAAUUACACUGAACAACAGCAAUGCAGAAGACUCUCGAGAUGCAAGACGAGCGCACAGAGUACGCGUCUGGAAGUCUCCCGUUAAGUGAAUACAACGCGAGCUUCGUGGUCAACAGGACCAAUCUCUCGUGGAGUGACUUUCAGGAUCUAGCCGAUUUGGAUAAACCCGACUUUAUGGGAGACGGAUCUGCGGUCCUAAGAAUAAUGAUCUCUAUCAUUUACUCGGUUGUGUGCGCACUGGGUUUAAUCGGAAACAUCCUCGUCCUCUAUCUCAUGAAAUCUAAACAAGCAUGGAAGAAGUCUUGCAUCAACCUCUUUGUGACCAGUUUGGCGGUCACUGACUUUCAGUUUGUUUUGACACUUCCUUUUUGGGCUGUGGAGAACGCCAUGGAUUUCACUUGGCUGUUUGGGAAGGCGAUGUGUAAGAUAGUGUCUUAUGUCACGGCUACAAACAUGUACGCCAGCGUGUUUUUCCUCACGGCUAUGAGCGUCGCGAGAUACUGCUCCGUGGCUUCGGCGUUAAAAAGUAGGAGGCGCCGGUUGCGUUUCUCCGCGCAGUGGAUGACUGUCAUCAUCUGGAUAGCAGCUGUCGGUGCCGCUCUGCCAAACGCAAUAUUUUCAACGACCGCCACCGUAUCUAACGAGGAACUGUGUCUGGUGAAAUUUCCAGACCGGAGCGGAGACGCGCAAUUUUGGCUGGGUUUAUACCACGCGCAAAAAGUACUUCUGGGGUUCCUCAUACCGUUCGGAAUAAUCACGAUUUGUUACCUGCUUCUUUUGCGCUUCAUAACUAACAAAAAUGUGAACACCUCAAGCGCUAAGAGAAGAUCCAAAGUGACCAAAUCUGUGACUAUCGUCGUUUUGUCUUUUUUCAUGUGCUGGCUGCCGAAUCAGGCGUUAACAGCGUGGGGUAUCUUAAUAAAACUCAAUGUAGUGCACUUCAGUUACGAGUAUUACACCACACAGGUGUACAUCUUUCCAGUCACAGUCUGUUUGGCACAUUCAAACAGCUGUCUCAAUCCCAUUCUGUACUGUUUGAUGAGAAGGGAAUUCAGAAAGGCGUUGAAAAAGCUAUUUUGGCAAAUUACAUCGCCUUCUGUGACGAACAUGAGACCGUUUACCGCCUCCACGAAGCCAGAGCAGGAUGAACACGGUCCCGUGCUGGUUCCGCUCAGUCCUGCGGAGCCCGCGCUUAUUUUCUAUCCUCCGGGGGCUGUCAUGUAUAACGGAAGAAACGACCUUCUGCCUAACAGCACUUAACGAGAAGUUGUUGAGUAAGUUUUCAGACUCAAACAAAAUAGCUAAUUAGCUUGUAGCCUACGGUUCUCUGCCAACUAACUAAAAUAGUUAACCAACGCGCAAAGCCGCAGACUAAAAGCCGUUCUGGAAUACCUUUUAGAAGUGGAUGGGAGCCUCCCCAACUGAAAACAUUCCUUAAUUACACGGCUCUAAAUCCAAUCCGAGUUUUACAUUUAACGCUCCACUCUCACUAGUGUUCAAGUUCCACUCCGCACUGCUCACAUACUUUAUUCUGGAGCUGUGAAAACAAUCAAAUUAGAGUGAAAAGGUGUUGUUUAAAUAUUAUAAUGCUUCAUAGCCUAUCCACAGAGCACAAUAUGUGGAUCUAUAUACUUUAAUGUAUCAGAUGGUUUACAAAGGAAUAUAAAUUUGCAUUGUUUUUCACCAUGAAUGUGUCAACAAUACCUGAUAUUUAUUCACCUAAUAUUUGCACAGUAUGGUACAAAUGUGUAUUUUUGGACAAUCAUUACCCUAAGAAACCAUUAACCUGCUGAUAAACAUCUUGCAUCGGGUUGAAAUUGCUGGUAAGAUUAAAAAAAAAAAAAUCCCCAAAACAAACAUCCAUUACCAGACAAUAUACUAGCCUGACCAGGUUUAGAGACUGCUGAGACCAGAAAACUAUCUUAGGCUUGUUGAUGUUUUUUAAUCAGGAUAAAGAUCAAGUGAAUCAUUAAGAUGCUGUGUUAUCAUGUGAACUUGUGACAGUUAUUUGUAAAUUUGGUCAGUUAUUUGCAUAUGAUUUUAUUGAUUUGUCCAACUUUGUCGUCAGAUUAAAAAAAUAACACAACAUGCAAAAA